CCUACGUUCAGCGAAGAGGGGGGAGGGGCGGGGGCUGUCGCUGGUCGGGAGCAGCUAAGCGGCGCGGGGCUGAAGGGAGCGCGGCGGGGCGAUGCGGCCCGGAGUGUAGCCGUUGCAGCGCCGUCAUCAUGAUCAUAGAGAACGUGGACGCGCUGAAGUCCUGGCUGGCCAAGUUACUGGAGCCAAUAUGUGAUGCUGAUCCCUCAGCCUUGGCUAACUAUGUUGUGGCAUUGGUCAAGAAAGACAAGCCGGAAAAGGAGCUGAAGGCUUUCUGUGCUGAUCAGCUAGAUGUGUUUCUACAAAAAGAAACGUCAGGUUUUGUUGAUAAACUCUUUGAGAGCUUGUACACCAAGGAUUAUCUAUCUCCCAAUGAACCAGCAAAACCAGAAUCUAAGACUGCAGGGCAAGGAAAAGAAGAAAUCAAAGAGGAGAUAUUUCAGGAAUCUUUUGAAGAGGACCGAGAGGGCAAAAAGAAGAAAUAUACUAGUCCACAGAAAAAUCGUUCCGAUACUAAUGAACAAAGAAUGAGAGAAAGAAAAAGAGAUGAUGGCAAAUGGAGAGACUAUGAUAGAUACUAUGACCGGAAUGACUUGUACAGAGACAAGUACGAUUGGCGCAGAGGAAGAAGUAAGAGUCGCAGUAAAAGCAGAGGAUUGAGUCGAAGUCGGAGUCGCAGCAGAGGUAGAAGCAAAGACCAGGAUGCAAACAAAGAGCGGGAUACAAACAGAAAUGUUGAACACAGAGAGAGAGCCAAAUUCAAGUGUGAAAGGAGUGACAUGGAAAGUUCAUAUAACCCUGUGGCUUUGUCUGCUGCAAACUCUACUGAGCAGUAUUCCUCUGGUGCACAGUGUAUUCCCAGUGCUGUUACAGUGAUUGCACCUGCUCACCAUCCUGAAAACACAACAGAAAGCUGGUCAAAUUACUACAACAAUCAUUCUUCUAAUUCAUUUGGCAGAAAUGCUCCACCAAAAAGGCGAUGUCGAGAUUAUGAUGAGCGAGGGUUUUGUGUACUUGGUGACCUCUGCCAAUUUGAUCAUGGCAAUGAUCCACUGGUCGUUGAUGAAGUGUCUUUGCCAAGCAUGAUUCCUUUUCCUCCACCACCUCCGGGACUUCCUCCCCCUGGAAUGCUAAUGCCUCCUGCACAGGGCCCUGCUCACAACAUGAGAAUGCCAGGUCCACAAAUACAUCCUCGGCCACCACCUCCUGUCAGAAUUCCUAUACCAAGGCCACCUUUGUCACAAUCAAGUUUGAUAAACAACCGUGACCAGCCAGGUACAACUACGGUGCAUAGCCUUGCACCUGUGGGAGCAAGACUACCUCCUCCUCUACCCCAAAACCUAUUGUAUACAGUAUCAGAACAUACGUAUGAACCAGAUGGCUAUAAUCCAGAGGCUCCUAGUAUUACUAGUGCUGGUAGAUCUCAGUAUCGACAGUUCUUUUCAAGAACACCAAUGCAACGUCCUAAUCUUAUUGGCCUGACUUCUGGUGAGAUGGAUACAAAUCCAAGAGCUGCUAAUAUUAUCAUCCAGACUGAGCCUCCAGUUGGCAUUUUGAGUAACAACACUAAUGUAUCCAGAGUAGUGCUUGAGCCAGACAACAGGAAGCGAGCUUUAAACACUACAGAAGGACCAUCUAUAAAGAAACCCUGGAUUGGAAAGCAGGCUAAUAACAGUCAGAAUAAGCCAGGAUUCCCAAAGAAGAACCCAUAUACAAACACCAAGUUGGAAGUUCGUAAAAUACCCCCAGAACUGAACAAUAUUACACAGCUUAAUGAACACUUCAGCAAGUUUGGAACAAUUGUCAACAUUCAGGUUGCCUUCAGAGGUGAUCCAGAAGCUGCUUUAAUUCAGUACUUAACUAACGAUGAAGCCAGAAAAGCCAUUUCUAGCACAGAGGCAGUAUUAAACAAUCGGUUUAUAAGAGUUUUGUGGCAUCGAGAAAACAGUGAGCAGCAGCCGUUACAACCUACCCAACAGCAGCAGCAGCAGCAGACCCAACUACCACUUCAUCACCAAGUUCACCUGCAGCAACAAAUGCUAACACAGACUCCAGCUGUAACAGUGCACAGCAGUGUGCCAAAGGUAACAAAUAAACCUCUGACAGCAGGUUCCUAUGUCAUUAACAAAGUUCCAGUUAAAUAUCGCCUUGGAGCAACUGGUGGAAAUCAGCUGGAUUCUCAACAUUUGUUGCUUAGCCAGUCCAGUGCUGCAGCAGAGGAUGCCCAGAUGUUUCCCACUUCUGCUGCCCACACAAAGAUGGUGUACAGUUCCUCCAACUUAAAGACAUCCAUAAAAUCUAGCACAGGAAAUAAAUCCCACAAUGUCCAAGACGUUCUGAAAAAGAAACAGGAGGCACUGAAGCUACAACAAGACAUGAGGAAGAAAAAGCAAGAGAUGCUAGAGAAGCAAAUAGAAUGUCAAAAGAUGCUGAUAUCAAAGCUAGAAAAGAAUAAAGCCAUGAAACCAGAGGAGAGAGCAGAGAUCAUGAAGACACUGAAAGAGCUAACAGGAAAAAUCUCACAGUUGAAAGAUGAAUUAAAAACUUCAUCUGCAGCUUCUACAACAUCAAAACUGAAAUCUAAAACUGAGGCACAGAAGGAACUUUUGGAUGCAGAACUAGACUAUCACAAGAGACUGUCUUCAGGAGAAGAUACAACAGAGUUAAGGAAAAAGCUCAACCAGUUACAGGUGGAGGCUGCUCGUUUAGGUAUCUUGCCUGUUGGUCGUGGAAAAGGAAUGUCUGCUCAAAGCAGAGGGCGAGGGCGAGGUCGUGGAGGAAGAGGGAGAAGUACAGUGAACCAUAUGGUGGUAGAUCAUCGUCCCAAAGCACUAACUAUUGGUGGCUUUGUGGAAGAGGAAAAAGACGAGUUGUUGCAGCAUUUCUCAAAAUUUGGAGAUAUUGAAGGCCUUCAUGAAGAGGACUCUCCUUUAAGUAUUGUUCUGACAUUCAAAUCCCGCUCCGAAGCUGAAAUUGCUGCCAACCAAGGAUUAAAGUUCAAAGACAGACAACUACAGAUAUCAUGGCACAAACCCAAGGUACCCUCUGUAUCUGCUGAAACUGAGGAGGAAGAACCUAAGGAAGAGGAGACAGAAACCUCAGAUUUAUUUUUGCCUGAAGAUGAUGAUGACGAUGACGAAGAUGAAGAUGAAUCUCGUUCUUGGAGAAGAUGAAACUUGAAACUGAAUCAUAUAGUUUUAGAACUGUUCAAAGUAAAACUUUUAAAAAUUAUUUAAAGGAAGUGAAUGAGCCAAAAAUUUGUUUUGUUUUUUCUUUUCUUUUAUAUACAAUAGAGCAAGUGUGAGUUUCAUAUAUGAACGUGGCAAAGAAGUAGCCAUCACAGUAGAUCAGCCAAAGGCCCAAAGCUUAUACAGACCUAUAAAGAUGGUUGUGAUCCUCUGAUAACAUUUCAUCUUGAGUCUUUCAAGCCCAAUUUGUAUCCAUUCUUGUUUUUAAAAUAUGGAUUAUAUUAUUAUCAAUUGCCUUUCAGGUUUUAUUUAAUAAUACAGUUUCAGGUGACAGAUGUAGGUAAAAUUCAUUUAUAUAUAAGCAUUGCCUUGAAUCUGAGAAUUCAACAAAGGUCAUUCAUUUGAUGAUGUGCUAUUUAGCUUUAAGUCCAUUUCACUUCUGUGUUUGUAAACCACCAAGAAUUGCACAAAAUGUGAUUGUGGAAAAGAUCGUAGUGCAAGGCUGCCCAGCCGAAGUCUAUUGCAUUGUAUUCUGUCUAGACAUUGUGAGCACUGUUGAGUCAUGUCGUAAUAUUUUAGUUAUUCUCCAAUUAAUACGCAGAAUUAACUCAAUCCAUUCGAUUAAUUUUGGGUUCAGUUGACCAGCCACAUUCACUUUGAUGGAAUAAGAGUAGGCCUCCUGCACAAAUUGCAUUGAAGUGAACAGUUUUUGGUGAAGAACAUCCUCUACCAGUAUUGGAAAAUGUGUUUAGACUUUUUAAAUGUUCCCCAGCCAUUAGAACUCAUUCUACUAACUCCAUGAUUGAAUUAGCUAUUUUUAAUUUUUUAAAGGCCAAGUCUAUGCAGUAUUCCAAGAAAGCUACCGUCUGUAGCCCACAAAGACCAAGCCUUGCCCUAAAAAAGCACUUGGAGUGAUAUAAUGCUGAACUCUCUACAGAGCAUUUCUUAAACUGAAUGUUAAAACUGUUGUUAAAGAGAGACAUAUUUAAUGAUGAUUAACUUUUGUUUGCAUUUGAUUUUCUCUUGUUUCUUUAAGCACCAAAUAGUAAAUACCGGUUCUGAUAGAGACUCGGUUAACAUGUUUUGACUAACCAGAACAUUAGAUACUCAUACCUAUUACAUUGCUCUGAAACCUAAAUGAUUUACCCAGUGGGUCUUUUCCCUUCCUUCUUAGUGUCUCUGUACUGUAGUCAAUCCACAAUAGCACUAUGUUACAAUGUUAUGUAAGGCAUGUGAUGUCACUUGCAUCCUGAAUGUUAAAAUUGGAAAGAGCAGAGGAAACAUUAUUCUAUGAACUGUCCUGAUACUAAAACAUAGGUGCAAGCAAAUAAGAAAAAUAUAUUAAUUUCAAAAGUCUUUAUGUUCAAAUAUAAUAACACAAGUGGUAUUUGAUUAACUCUUAUAUACCAGAAGUAGUAAAUUAACUAAGUCUGGAAAUGAUGUUACAUAAAGUCAGGCAUAUUUUUUUCCUGUUCUUCCCCUUAGUUUGGUUUCUUUGUUCUUGUGGUGGUCUGUAAGAAGCCAAACCAGCAUUAGUUUAUGUCCUAGUGACAUUUUGAGAGGAGUUUAAUUUUAAAGAGAUUUUUCCCCCUUCACAUGAAGGUCUUUGUUUUCUAGAUUGCUACAUUCCUACUACUGUUGAAUCUCAGUGAAUGAAGUUUAAAAAAAAAAAAGCACGAUUGUUGCACAUCUAAUAUUCAAAGCCUUGCUCUUCUGUCACCUUUAAUAUCUUUGGAAUGUCUCAGCUCAGCUUAUGGUUUGAAUGACCCAUCACAGCAAAAUGCUUGAGUCUGGACAGUUUAAGCAAAUGAUAGAGGGAACAAAGGAUUUAUAUAUAUAUAUAUACACACACACAUAUAUACAUAUAUAUAGAUAUAGAUAUAGAUAUGUAUGUAUGUGUAUAUAUAUAUAUAUAUGUAUGUAUGUAUAUUGUACAGGGUUUUUCUUACAGCUGUAUAAUUUUGUAAAUAUUUUGCUUUUUUGUGUACUAAAACUACCAGCAUCUAGAUUUCCAUAAGAAUUCUUGUAUUUUUGUAUCCGGAAGACUACAAGGAACAAGUGAAGCUAUAAGAAAUUUCGGUAGCUUUUCAGACAGACCGGAUGGGAUUCCUUUUCAUAUGGUUUUUAAAGUUUUGUUAGCUCACUGUUCAAAAAAGGAAAAAUGCCCUUCCUCAUAAGUGUUGGCUUUUUUAGUUGUGUGUGAAAUACAGGAGUUGAGGGGAAAGGUGUUUAAUGAGGAGGGGGGUUAAAGGAUAUGUUGGCUUACAUAAAUCCUCUAGUGACAUCUUAAAUGUGAUUUCUUUCCCCAGAAGCACAAAAAUGAGUUGUGCCCCUGAACUCAUGUAUCGAAAGCAUACUAUUGUGUUACUGGGAAUGUAAGUGAUGGGCAGCAGAGUGGUAAUUCAGUUAAUACAGAGGAGAAAGCAAAAACUAGUUCAAAGUGACCUUCAUUUUGACAUUGCUAUGGAUCUCCCUGUAUUAGAACUUAGUCUGACACCAUUUGUAUGUUUUAGGUAGGUAAUGUCAGGUAACACUUUAUUUUUAGUUUCUCUGAAAAUAUAACUUCCACCUUCACAAGCUAUAAUGGACUUAGCAUAAUUAAUCUCAAAUAUAUCUUCCAAGUAAAUUCAUAACUAUAAGUCGAUCUAAAAUAAAAUGUUACCAUUCUAGAAUUAUGCCUUCCUGACCACUCAAGAAUGUGUAGAACUGAUAGAAAAUGAAAAGAAUUUUACUGUCAGUUGGUCAGUGAAUCACCCCCUAAAACUUACAUGUAUUACUGCUUAUAUAAGCUGUCUGGUGUGGAAUCUUUUGUGGGGUUUUUUGUUUUGUUUUAUAAAUCCUGAAACAUUAAAAAACAGCAUCUGAAAACUGGUUUGAAAAUAUAUGACCACAUACAAUAGAGAUGCUUCAAUGGUUUUUAACAAAAUCAUGUGAAAAGGAAUAUUAAAUUCCUCUCAAUGUAUAGUAAAUUUGUAUUAUAGUUUUUACAAAAUUGUGAACGUGUAAUAGUAUAUUAGAAGAUAUUGUUGAAUUUCUAACUGUUUAUACAUUUAAAUUCAUACAUGUAAUGUUUGUUUUAUUGAUUACAAUCUGAAUUUCUAAGAUGCAUGUUGUCUUUUUGCAAUAAAGAAAGAAUAUGGAAUGGUUCAAAAUUAAACAAAAAAAGCAUAAACAAUUUAAAUACAAAUUUGGAAAAUUUAAUAGCCAUUCCAAAAAAAUAUUACCACAAAAA